AACCGCUUCUUCUUCUCUUCUUCCCCUUCUUCUUCCUCCUCUUCAUCGUCUUCUCUACACUUUCACGCACUCCUUAGCCGACCCGUUGCCGUUCUUCUUCUCCUCUCCUCUUCUUCUCUUCUCGAUAUACCAGGUACAUUCCAUAUAGUCGUUAUUUUUUCUUCUCCCCAUUCCUCUUCUUCUCCUGCCCGUCCCUCCAACACGACCGCCCACCGAUCGAAACCACGGCGACGGCCACGGCCAGCGGACGAGUCAACCGUCUAGUCGACGUCUUGACCUCGGCGGUGCGAAAGGCAGCCGCCAAAGCGACCAAGAUCUCUCCCCUCGCCGCCAUGGACAAGAUCCCCAAGUUUCGCCGGAAACCAAAACCCCCGGUGCUCGAGACGGCCAUCGAUCGCAACGGCGCCGUGGCCUCGGAUAGCAUGAGCCCCAACGACUCGGUCCUUGGCCAGUCGCAGCGCGCGCACCAUAAGAUGGCGCCCUUUAGGAGCUUGCGCCUGCGAGGCCCCUCGAAGCGCGCCCGGGACAGUCCUCCCGCAGACCUCACGCCAACCACGCCGUCCGCCGUCGUCGUGGCCCAAGAUGGCAUCCAGUCGCCGCCACGGCCUACGCGGCCAGCGAGCGUCAACCAACCGCCGCCUGUUUUGCCGGCAUUCCUGACGCUGUCGCAGCAAGACAUCGACGCCAAGUAUCAGGAGCUCACCUGGGCGGAGCGGGUCAGGGUUGCGCAGGGCAUGCGAGACGACAACAUGGGCGACCCGCGAUGGGCCCUGUACAAGCACGCCGACACGCAGGAGAAGAUGGAUCGCUACAUCAACAUCAGGCCCUGGGCGCACAACCGGGUCAAGCUCCGGGUGCCAGACGCCGAGUUCGACUAUGUCAACGCCUCCGCCAUUACCCUCACGUCCCCGACCGACCCGCACAAGCCGCCGUUGCGCUACCUUGCCAUGCAGGGCCCUACCGUAUCAUCGUUCGAUCACGUCUGGCGCAUGAUCGCGGAACAGUGUCCCUCUCCUGCCGUCAUCGUGCAGCUCACCAACCUGGUGGAGCUUGACGUGAUCAAGUGUGAUCAGUACUUCCCCAUGGGCGACGAGCUCCCCACAGGCGGACACGACACCACCUGGAGCGUCAACGAAUACAAUCUCUGGGGUGACAACUGGAGGGCGGAUCUGACCUUUGUCUCGGUGGAGGAGCUUGCCGGUGGCGCGAUUGAGAAGCGCAAGCUGCUGCUUCACGUCCACGGCGAGCAGGAGCCAAGAGUUGUCUGGCACUUUCUCUACAGGCGCUGGCCUGAUUUUGGUGUGCCAACGGCCGAGGACGUAGACAGCUUCCUCGAGCUAAUGAAGCUCUCUCGGGAGCAUACCACGCCGUCAGCCCCGCGCGUCAUCCACUGCAGUGCUGGUGUUGGCCGCACCGGUACAUUUAUCUGCCUCGAGCACCUGAUGAGGGAGCUCGAGUCGGGGGCUUUGGCCAGAUACGACGUGCCCUCAGAGCGUACUGACCUCGUGUGUCACACUGUUGACACACUCCGCCAGCAGCGUCGGGGCAUGGUGCAAGGCGAGAUCCAGUACCGGUUCAUCUACCAGGUCCUGCGGAAGCUCUGGCAUGACAAGUAUGGCAGCGGGGACGAGGGAGCAAGGAGCACCGAACCGGCGGCUAAGAGACUCGAGGUUGCGAGCCCCUUUACUGGCAACUUCCGGCCUUCAACGAACUAG